UCUCCGCGACGCCCCGCCUCCCCGCGGUUUCUACAGCCCGGCCGCUGUCCCCGUCUCCCGGCCGCCGCCACUGUCUCCACCGCAGCGGCUGCCACCUGAGUGGCGUCGGUGGCUUGGGGAGCUGGCCGCCAUGGCGGCCGAGGCCCUGGCGGCCGAGGCUGUGGCUUCGCGCCUGCAGCGGCAGGAGGAGGACAUCCGCUGGCUGUGGGCGGAGGUCCAGCGCCUGAGGGACGAGCAGCUGAACGCGCCCGGCCGCGGCCAGGCGGAGGGGCCGUGCUUGACGCGGGAGGUGGCGCAGCUCCGGGCCGAGAACCGCGAUCUGCGCCACCGCCUCUACCGCCUGCGGCUGUGCCUCGCCGAGGAGUUGAGCCAGCAGGCGAAGCUGGAGGGCACGGCGCGGGCGGCGGUGGCGCCGGAGGAGGCCGGGCGCGCUGCUGCCUGCGCGCAGCCUCCUUUGAGUCAGACCCAAGAAAAGAACACUAAAAAGGAGGAAAGCGGGCCUGAGAGCAAGGUGACAAAUCAACCAGAUUUUGUGAAGGAAAGAUUGAAGCUGUUUGAAGUAUUGAAGAAAGAUCAUCAACACUUAUUUGCCGUUACUGACAAAAAGGGGAAUACAAGCAAUGUGAUCACAGUGAGAGUGGCUGAUGGGAAAACAGUGGAAGGGGAAGUCUGGAAAACAACACCUUAUCAAGUGGCCGCUGAAAUUAGUCCAGAACGGGCUGAAAGCACAGUUGUAGCCAAAGUAAAUGGUGAAUUAUGGGACUUGGACCGUCCACUGGAAGGGGAUUCCACUCUAGAGCUGCUUACGUUUGAUAAUGAGGAAGCUCAAGCUGUGUACUGGCACUCCAGCGCUCACAUUCUUGGGGAGGCCAUGGAGCUUUACUACGGAGGCCACCUGUGCUAUGGUCCACCCAUUGAAAAUGGAUUUUAUUAUGACAUGUUCAUUGGAGACAGAGCGGUGUCCAGCACAGAGCUGUCAGCCCUGGAGAACAUCUGUAAGACUAUCAUAAAAGAAAAGCAACCUUUCGAAAGAUUGGAAGUCAGCAAGGAAGUGCUCCUCGAAAUGUUUAAGUACAAUAAAUUUAAGUGCCGCAUCCUGAACGAGAAAGUUAACACUCCAACUACGACAGUUUACAGGUGCGGUCCACUAAUUGACCUUUGCAAAGGCCCCCAUGUAAGACACACUGGAAAAAUUAAAACCAUAAAAAUUUUCAAGAAUUCCUCAACAUAUUGGGAGGGCAAUCCUGAAAUGGAAACACUGCAGAGAAUCUACGGGAUAUCCUUCCCUGAUACCAAGAUGAUGAAGACCUGGGAAAAGUUCCAAGAGGAAGCCAAGAACCGAGAUCACAGGAAGAUCGGAAAGGAACAAGAACUCUUCUUUUUCCAUGAUCUGAGUCCUGGAAGCUGCUUUUUUCUUCCCAGAGGAGCCUUCAUUUAUAAUACGCUUAUGGAUUUCAUACGAGAGGAAUAUCACCGACGUAACUUCACGGAAGUGCUCUCUCCCAACAUGUACAACAGCAGACUCUGGGAAACCUCAGGCCACUGGCAGCAUUACAGUGAGAACAUGUUUACCUUUGAUAUUGAAAAGGACACGUUUGCCCUUAAGCCCAUGAACUGUCCAGGGCACUGUCUAAUCUUUGCUCAUCGUCCACGAUCAUGGAGGGAAAUGCCUAUCAGAUUCGCUGAUUUUGGAGUUCUUCAUAGGAAUGAAUUGUCGGGAACUUUAAGUGGCUUGACUCGAGUUAGGCGCUUCCAGCAGGAUGAUGCCCACAUCUUCUGCACAGUAGAGCAGAUUGAAGAAGAAAUAAAUGGCUGUUUGCAGUUUUUGCAAUCUGUUUACUCAACAUUUGGCUUCUCCUUUCAACUAAAUUUGUCAACAAGACCUGAAAACUUCCUAGGAGAGGUUGAGCUAUGGGAUGAAGCUGAAAAGCAACUACAGAACAGCUUGGUGGAAUUUGGGAAACCAUGGAAAAUGAACCCCGGAGAUGGAGCAUUUUAUGGCCCUAAAAUUGAUAUAAAAAUCAAGGACGCUAUUGGCAGAUAUCAUCAAUGUGCUACAAUUCAGCUGGACUUCCAACUACCUAUCAGAUUUAAUCUUACAUAUGUCAGUAAGGAUGGAGAUGAUAAGAGGAACCCUGUGAUCAUUCAUCGAGCCAUUUUGGGGUCAGUGGAAAGAAUGAUAGCCAUCCUCUCAGAAAACUAUGGGGGGAAAUGCAAAAGAGGUAAGGUCCUGAGCUGACAUUGUGGGAUUCACUAGUGUUACUGUGCCCCCAGAAGCAACUGUCCUUACUGGCAGUCAGGGCACCUGCUGGCAGAUGAUCCAGCUUGUGAUGGCGUGCAUCCAAUGGCAUGUGGAAAUGCCGCAGCCCAGCAACCAUGAAUGACAUCUUUGUCUCCCAUCUCCUUUUGAAGAAACUGACUGAUCUCUGCUCAUGCUGUUUGGCUCUGAUUUACUUCUGUGCCACUGUCACUGGGCACAGUCCCGUCGUUGACCCUAGGCUCUGGAUGCUCCUGCUUGCAUCGCUGCCACAGGUCCCUCUCAGAGCUCCAUGUCUCCGCACCCUCCCUGCCAGAACUGAUUCCAUGUAGUACCUCCCCUCUGGGUGCUACUCUGUCCCAAAUCCACGUACCGUGCUUGUACGUGCCAGAUCACGUGCCUGGACUCGAACAUGUCUAGGGCAGCUGGGAAAGCAAAUUUCGAAGCAGGCACUACAAGGUGGGAAAUUCCCCAAGCAGAGGGUCUUUAAGAGGCCCUGGGUAGCUAGAGUCUGAGUACAUCCCUGAAGUUUUAUUUGUGAUCUUAGAGAAAUGUACUUAGGUAUCGUGGGGUGUCCAAGCUGUUAAAAUCACAGAUAAGCCAAAAGUAUAGAUAUGAACAUGCAUGCUACCUAAGUAUGAGUUAACACAUUGACAUUUCUUUCCAGUUGAUUCUGUUUUAAAUAGUUUGUUUGAUGCAGGUAAGAGAUGGUGGCGUCUCACCCUAGAGUGGUGGCAGGGAAUGUGCUAGAAAAACUAAAAAGAACUAGUGGAAUCAGAAGAGGGAGUGGGAGAUAGGAGAUGGUGCUGUGCGCUCAGUGAGCCAUCCUUCAUCGUGCAGACUCAGGGCACAGCCUGUGCAAUCCAUCAAUCAAGAGUUCAGACACCUGCCAGAGUUGUGGUCGACAGCUCCCCAAGAGCUCAAAAUAGAAAUUGUUAAAAUGUCGUUCCCCUGGGGAUGGGGUGAGGACAGAGCUGAAAAGGAAAUGCUUACUUUUCACUUUAUCCACUGUAUUCC